AUGUCUAUUGUGUCAAAAAUUUCCGUUCAGCAACCCUCUAGUCUUAAAAAUCUCAUGCCCGUCAGGGAAGAAGUUCAUAGGAUCUAUGGUGUGGCCGAUUUUAAUGGUUUCAAUAUUGAAAUACCUUCAUCUAUGUAUCAACAUGGUAUAGAAUUAUACAUAGAACUUGAUUCAACCGAUUUUCAGAUUCCAAAAAUGACCGUAAUACGACUUAUCGGAAUCAUUAAACUAAGUAUUUCCGAAUAUCCAAUGCCUCACGGUAAUGUUGAUCCUAAUGACCCAAAUUUACCAGCAGUUUUAUCAAUUACAUAUUUAUACGAUGUUUUCAAUCAUAGCUCUGUCAAUGUUAUCAAUUUUAUUGCAAUUCGCCGACUUUUGGAAAAUUUCAAAGAUGAAGUUGAAUCAAUCAUCAGAGUACUUAAGUCAGGUUUAAAUAUGAGUCCUUCACUUGACAAUCUCAAUAAAAAACUGAGAAUGAGAGCUCAAUCUUUUGAUCUCGAAUAUCUUGCCAAUCAACAACAAUUACUCCGCCAAAACAAAUUCAAAAUCACAGGUGAAUCGACAAUUCUUACUUCUGCUGAAAUUGAACACAUUCGACUCUUUAUGCCAAAAAGAUACAGAUUAUUAUCAUGGGAACUACUUUAUUCUGCAGACAAUGAUGGAGUUUCAUUCUCCACAUUCUAUUCGAAAGCAAUGAAAAAGAUGCCCGCAAUAUUGAUAGUUUUAGGAAGAGAUGGUUCUCGUGUUGGUGCAUUCUUAUCUUCUGGCAUAGAGGAAAAGCAUGGAUUUUACGGAACUGGAGAAACCUUCGUUUUCCAUUUCGAUCCGUAUUUUGCUGGAUUCCGCUGGUCACAAAACAAUGAUUUGUUUAUUUCAACGACAAGAAAGGAUCUAAUGAUCGGUGGUGGUUCUAGAGAUUCAGUGAAUAAUGGAAGUGCUAUUUAUAUUGAUGAUAACUUUAUGAAUUGCUAUUCCCAGGACUGUGAAACUUUUAAUUCACCAAAACUCGGAAAGAGUGAAUCUUUCCCUAUUGUUGCUGUUGAAUUAUGGCAUGCUCACCCUUAA